AUGUCAGAGAAGAUAUAUCAUCCCUUCGAGGACUUCUUCCAGGACCCAGACGGCGCAGAAGGAAUCGCCAGGCGCAGGUGGCGCAAGUACGCCGGCGACAACAUAGACGAAGAAGAACUCUGGGAAAGGUACCGAGGACUCAGCUACAGCUACCGCGCCAAACCCGAGCUGGAUAGGUCAGAGGAUGAGUCUGAGGAAGCCAUCACAGCCAGCAUAGAGGACCCUACAAGAUUCAGCGAUGACAAGAAGCGUAACCUCCUCAUGGUGGCUCUCUUUCUCAACAGACGAAUCCCCGAGUACCUAAAGGACAACGGAGACGUUGUCUUCACCGCCACAAGUAAUGGAUCCAUCUUCCAUGCCCUCGCACGGGAGAUUAGUCAACAAGAACCUAGGCUCCGAGGAACGACCUCCAAGGAUCUGGUGGCUGUUUACACUCGAAUUGUUGAGAUGGCCGAGAAGUUGUCAAGGAUUCUGGAGACGGAUACUGAGACUGGGUGGCGGGGGUCUUUUAGGAAGACGGUUUUCUCGGAAGCUGCAGAGAAACUGGCGAAUCUGGAUAGAGGGUUCCGGGGGAAGAAGCGGGUGUUGAGGUUGGAGUAUAUUGGUCCAGAGGCAGCUGAUGUUAUUGCGCUACAAGAGGAGGAGGAAAGGGAGAAACAUCCGCGGACGCGCGGGCAGGGUCGUCGAGAAACGGGUGGUGGAGGUUCUGGUGAUCAUUCUUCCAAUGCAACAAUCACUGCGGUAGUGAUUCCGACUGCAGUGGAGGCAAAGGAGGAAAAGGCGCUAGCGAACAGGACCAGUAAACGGAAACGUGCGGUCAAGUUUUCAGUAACAUCAUCGGCAGAGCCCAAGAGGGCAGCGCGACAGGAUACAAUGUAUCAACCACAACCAGCUGCAGUAGCGUCGUCAUCCCCCUCGUCUCGCCAACCACACCGCCAACAACCAGAACAGAAAGGGUCACUACCAGCCGCAGUAGCGUCGUCAUCCUCCUCAUCUCGCCAACCACACCACCAACAACCAGGACAGAAAGGGUCACUACCAGCUGCAGUAGCGUCGUCAUCCUCCUCAUCUCGCCAACUACACCACCAACAACCAGGACAGAAAGGGCCUCAACCUGCCAUUCCCGAUGAGAAAGAUGAUGAGGACGAUUAUUAUGACAGUGACAUCGACGACCCCGACGUCUACAACCUUCCAGACCAGCGAGCCAUCCCUCUUCCUCGCAGCAGUAGCUCGCGCGCCCACUAUUCUGGACCAAUACCCUUGAGCACCGCCAGCGACAGUCGAUACGUCGAUCCACAUCGGCACAAAAGAGUCUCAGUACAAGUCGCAGGAUGGAGUCAUGACCGCGACGACCGUGGCUCACGGUCAACAGCACUACCAAACCCAGCCAGAGGUCCAAAAGCCUACAACCAAGAACUGAGACGGACGACUCGUUCAGGUUUACCCAGGUUCAACAGACUACAGAGUGCCAUGUUGGCGUUCCGACAGGAUAUGGACGCGCAGAUGGCGGAACUGACAGCGACCCUUCGAGACCAAAAGGCGCAGUUGGGCGAGUUUCAUAGAACGGCGGAAAAUAUGCUGGUGAGAUUCAGCGAAUGA